AUGGGUUGUCCCAGCAAGAAUAACUACUCUGCUUUCCACUUGUACUGCAUAAGAGGAGGACUUAUUUUAUCCACCGAAAAUGGAUUAUCUUCCUCAUUUCCUCCUCUUGUGGAUAAUCCUCCGACUUCCUUUUUUGAGGAGAGUUCUCCAAAAAGGAGCUCCGUUGGAAUUCCUGUUAGGCAGUUCCAAAAAUUACCACAAGAGGUCUCCGGAGUUGAAAGGAAAGUUUUUGUCGUCCUUGUUUUCUGUGUUGUACAGUACUGCACCAGUUUACCGCAAUCAGCAGGUGAGAAUAUUGUACAGUACUGCACUAGUUUACCACAAUCAGUAGGUGAGAAUAUUGUACAGUACUGCACCAGUUUACCGCAAUCAGCAGAAUAUUGUACAAUACUGCACCAGUUACCGCAAUCAGCAGGUGAGAAUAUUGUACAAUACUGCACCAGUUUACCGCAAUCAGCAGGUGAGAAUAUUGUACAAUACUGCACCAGUUUACCGCAAUCAGCAGGUGAGAAUAUUGUACAAUACUGCACCAGUUUACCGCAAUCAGCAGGUGAGAAUAUUGUACAAUACUGCACCAGUUUACCGCAAUCAGCAGGUGAGAAUAUUGUACAAUACUGCACCAGUUUACCGCAAUCAGCAGGUGAGAAUAUUGUACAAUACUGCACCAGUUUACCGCAAUCAGCAGGUGAGAAUAUUGUACAAUACUGCACCAGUUUACCGCAAUCAGCAGGUGAGAAUAUUGUACAAUACUGCACCAGUUUACCGCAAUCAGCAGGUGAGAAUAUUGUACAAUACUGCACCAGUUUACCGCAAUCAGCAGGUGAGAAUAUUGUACAAUACUGCACCAGUUUACCGCAAUCAGCAGGUGAGAAUAUUGUACAAUACUGCACCAGUUUACCGCAAUCAGCAGGUGAGAAUAUUGUACAAUACUGCACCAGUUUACCGCAAUCAGCAGAGUGUAUUUGUCCUGAAGACUAUAGACCUGUCUGUGCAGAAGAUGGUGUAACGUACAGCAAUGCCUGUAAUGCCGGAUGUAAGGAGAAAACUGUACAAUGUACUGGAGAAUGUCCGUGUGCAUCUGAGGAAACCCCAGAAAUAUGCAUAUGUGCUGAAAACUUUGACCCUGUAUGCGGAGAGGAUGGUGUACAGUACAGCAAUGCCUGUGACGCCGGAUGUAAGAACGUUGCUGUACAGUGCUCUGGAGAAUGCCCAUGCACACCUCAGGAUAAGGAAGAGCAGUGUAUAUGCACAUUUGUUUACAAACCUGAGUGCGGAGUAGACGGUGUAACGUAUAGCAACAGCUGUCAAGCUAGAUGCAAGAAUGUUGCUAUUGCCUACCCUGGUGCUUGUAACAGACCCAACUAAGGCACUGCAGAAGAAAAAUGAUACGACUUGACUAAGCAGAGAAAUGUUAUCAUAUGUUUGAUUAGAGAUCACACAAUAUGCGUCCGUCUAUGGUUAAUGCAUCCGUUACAAUAUAAAUAUUUUCCAUCGGA